AUGGCUGGAAAAAUCACCAAAAUCCUGCUGCUGCUGGCCAUCCUCCAGUACGGGCUGAGGGCAGAUGCCCAGACAGGGAAGACCACGGAGGAGGUCCCGAUACAGCGUGAGGAACAGCGCAACCAGGGGAUGACUUGGCUGGCCGUGGCUGGAGGCAUCACCAAAAUCCUGAUGGUGGUAGGCAUCUUCCAAUAUGCGCUGAGCGUGGAUCUCCCAGCCGUGGAGGUCACGGAAGAGCUCCUGAGACAGCAUGAGGAGCAGCGCAGCCAAGAGAUGUCCAACCUGCAGAAGAUGGAGGAGAGGAUUCAGGAGCAGCCCAGACCCACCCAGAAAACCACRCUCAUCUCAAUCUGCCAGCAAUGGGGGUUCUGGAAGUGUAUUGAAUUUAUCCUCGCAGUCUUUGGGAUCUACUUGCUGCCCCGGCGGAGGAGAGCUGACACCUCUGACAGCGACAGCCAGAGGGAAAACACCUGCAAUGCCCAGGAUCAGAUGGAGAUGGAGAUGGAGAUAGAGGAGGAYGAGGAAGAGGAGGGUGGUGAGGACAAGCCGUUGGAUAAUGGAGGGACCUCCUCUGCUCCUGCCUUGUCCUUCCCAGAAGAAACGUUCUGAUGGCUGUGUCCAGCCACGGGAGCCGGCAGCGCCUCAGCCUGCAAGGACAACAUCAUCGACYGCCUGCUGCUCCUGCCCCUGACACCACCCACUGUGCACUUGUUCCACCAGAGCUGGGCACUGCGGGACAUCUGCUGACACCUCUGCAGCCGUGUAGAGCAGAAGCCAGAGAAAAUGCUGUGCUUCYUCCUCCCCCACCUGAGGAGGCAAAUAGAAUCCAGAUCCUUGCCUCCUGCACAGCCUCUGCAAAUGGUCCCAGUUGUGAUACUGUCCCUGCCAGAAGCACAGAAGGGAUUUACCCCUUGUCCAUCUCUUAAUAAAAUAGUGGAUCUGUUUUGAGAAAUGCUGUGCUUGUGAGUGUCYGGGCAAGACUGUAUUGGGGGAUAGUGCCCCUUGGCUCUAUCUCCCCUCUGUAACAAAGASAUGAAGUUUGUGAUCCAGCUGAUGUUUGCAGUGGUUAUAUUUGUGCUUAGACACCUAGCACCUCCCUGUCUUCUCUCCUCCUGGUGUUCUUGCUGUCUCCUCCUCACUGCAUCCUUUGCC